AUAGUUCAGUUAAACUAGGUCAAUGUCAGAGGACAUUAACACUGAUAAUUUUGUAGAGAAUACAUACCAAUAUUAGUUUAUAUGUAUUUAACAAAUCAUUUAAAAAACUGUAAUUACAAAAUAAACUGUUUUUGUAAUGUUCGGCGGUUUGUCCAGUUGACGUCAAACAAAUAUGGAACACACUGACAGGUUUUUGAUGGGUUUGCCUCUAACAAUAAAAAAGAUAUGGCCGUUUUAAGAACCUCCCAUAAGUAUAGUGUAUUAGAAAGAAACUCGGGAGAGAUUAGUUGGUUGCUAGGCCACCAAGAUAAUACCCUGCAUAAAAGAGGCAUAUAUCAACCCACAUAAAUUUCUAAAAUAUAUUGACCAAGUUACUCCAGAAACUGAGAAGUUGGUCAUUAGGACAGCUCGCAAAGUCCCAAAAUUGGGUGUGAUGUUGGUGGGAUGGGGUGGCAACAACGGAUCGACCUUUACCGCUGGUCUCAUUGCCAAUCGUUUAGGGUUGUCUUGGCCUACCAGAAAGGGAGUUCAAAGAGCCAACUGGUUCGGGUCGCUUUCGCAGGCUGCGACAGUGCGAUUAGCAGAUAACAUUUAUGUCCCCUUCUCUCAGUUGUUGCCAACUGUUCAUCCUGAUGAUAUAGUGGUGGAUGGGUGGGACAUAAGCUCUCUCAAUUUAGCAGAAGCUAUGGAGAGAGCACAGGUGUUAGAGCCAGCUCUCCAGCAGCAACUGAAGCCACUAAUGCAGGGGUUGAAACCAAGACCAUCAAUUUAUUUAUCAGAAUUCAUUGCUGCCAAUCAGAAAUCUCGGGCAGAUAAUGUAAUUAGUGGCACAAAGGAAGAACAAUUAGAGCAGAUCAUGAACGAUAUUGCUCAAUUUAAAAACUCGACCAACGUAGACAAAGUCAUAGUAUUGUGGACUGCAAAUACAGAAUGUUUCAGCAAUGUUAUAGAAGGUGUAAAUGACACAGCUGUAAACAUAAAGGCAGCUAUUGCCAAAGGCCACCCAGAAAUUUCACCGUCAGUAUUAUUUGCGUAUGCGUCCAUCGCGAUGGGUUGUACCUACAUCAACGGGUCUCCUCAGAAUACCUUCGUGCCAGGAAUAAUAGAGUUUGCUGAAAAACGAGGUGUGUUCAUUGCUGGAGAUGACUUUAAAUCCGGACAGACCAAGAUUAAAAGCGUUCUCGUGGACUUUUUGGUUGGAGCUGGCAUCAAACCUGUCAGUAUCGUAAGCUAUAACCAUCUGGGAAAUAAUGAUGGUAAAAAUUUGUCAUCACCCAAACAGUUUAGAUCCAAAGAGAUUUCUAAGAGUAAUGUUGUUGAUGAUAUGGUAGAGUCAAACGAUAUUUUGUUUUCUCCAGGAGAAAAACCAGACCAUGUUGUGGUGAUUAAAUAUGUUCCAUACGUAGGCGAUUCAAAAAGAGCUUUAGACGAAUACACUUCGGAGAUAAUGAUGGGGGGUUCAAAUACCAUUGUGAUACACAACACCUGUGAAGAUUCUCUUUUAGCCACGCCGAUAAUCUUAGACUUGGUUAUUUUCGCCGAGUUAUUCUCGAGGAUAACCAUCAAACGAGAAAAUUGGUCGGACGAUGACUACACUGGUUUCCAUCCCGUGUUGUCUCUGUUAAGUUAUCUCUGCAAAGCACCCCUGGUGCCUCCUGGAACUCCUGUAGUCAACGCUUUGAGUAAACAGAGGAGUUGUAUCGAGAAUGUGAUGAAGGCAUGCAUUGGAUUACCACCAGAAGAUAAUUUGACUUUGGAGUACAAGGUUCCAUUUUUGAUGAAGGAAGUUAUAUAUCACGAACCAGACAUAAAGAAAAUGAAAAAGGUUGAAAAUGGUUUUAAUUAGUUAUUUACUGAUAAGUAUUUAAAUGACAAAGUACCACCUACUCGUACACCAUGUUUUUUUCAAUAAAUGUGAUGAAAAAAUAUACCUUAAUGAAGCCUAGUAUAUCAGUAUAAUAAUAGGUUGAACAGUGGUUCAACAUAUCUCGUAAGUUUUAUGUGUCGUAAAAUUCUAAAACAGUGUUUUUCAUUGCCGUAUUUUGAUCAUUUCGCGAAUAAGUUAAAUCAAGUUGAUUUAUUUAUACAAUUUUUUAUUUAUAUGAUAAAACUGUUAAUAAUAGUUUUUUAUAAGUAGUGGAAAUUCAAAGUUACACACUAUGUAUAUACGAGUAUAGAGACCAUAAGACGAGGUUUACAAUGUACAAAAAAAUUUAUAAAUUUUCUACCUACAAAAGUUGUGUUUUUCCAACGAUUUCAUUUCUGCUAGAGUUUACAGUGUGUCAAAAAAUUAUGUCCUGAAGGAGAACAACGUUAUCAUUUGCAAAUACGUGAGAAAAUAUCAUUCAUAAUAAAAAUUCCUGCUUGUCUUCAAACUCUUAAAAUGUUACUACUUUGUUGAUUUUAUAUACAUGGUGUAAAAUUUUUUCGUAAAUUUAAAAGUGGCCACCAGCAAAAUCCAGUAAAAAUUCAUGAUCUCCUAGAAAUCCCAAUCUGAGUGAUAUAAAGUAUAGUAAUUAUUUUUUUAAAAGACAGAGUUAAAAUUUCAUAUGUAUUUUGUAUUUACAAUCUCCUAGAAAUUACUAAGAAUAUCUUUUAGUGACACUUUUACAUAUUUCAAAAGAUUGAAACCACUGCUUGAGGCCAUUUUUAUUAUCCAUUUUUAUUAUUACUUUUUAAAUUGAAUUCCCUGUAUAUAAAAUCAAAAAAUUAGUAACAUUUUUAAGAGUGAAGACAAGAAAGCAGUUUUAUAAAUAAUGACAUUUUUUCGUGUUUAGAAAUUAUUUUUUUUUACACUGAUUUAAUAAUGUCAUAUACAGUGUGUUAUAUGAGACAUUUUCAAAUCGGUGUAAAAAAAAAUAUCUUAUCUGCCAAUCAUUCGAUUUUUUUAAAAUUACAAUAGAAAAUAUUAAAACAAAUUUCAACUAAGCUAUUUUAAAAAGCUUUGUACCAUUUGGAAGGAACUAACAAUAAUAUUUUUACGAGUCAGUUUUUGUGCAUCUUUAUUUUAAUCUAAAUUCAAACUGACUGUGAAUCUUAAGCAAUAAAUGUAUCAGGCUUGGUAUUGGGAUGAAUAUGAAUUAUUCAGUAUCCAUCUGUUUUAAUAUAAUUUUGAUGCUUAACUUUAGACAGAAAAGUAUGUGAUACGACUUACCUGAGGCAAAUGCUAAAGCUGUGCUUUUCUUUCUUUUUAUAAGUUUUGUUAGUCUUUUUUUACGUAUUUCAUUUGUUCCUUUCUCGAAUGUUCACCUUAGAAUGUAAGUCACUGAAAAAUUGUGAUAGUAGAAAUGGGCAAAACUUUGAAUUUUCAGAAUAUCACGUGGUAGUUUGUUAUCGUUGUAGCUUUUUAAAUCGGUUACUUAAAUAGGAAAUAGGAGUACCAUCUAUUUCUAGAUUCUUGUAGUAAAUAGUAAAAUAUGUAUUAUAAAAUGUUUUAAUUUGAAUAGGUAUAUAAUUUACGAAAUUUGU